AACUAUACAUAGCUAGAACAGUUACUAUCAAUUAUGUCACAGCGGAAGAAGAUUCUGUACGGACUGUUUGGGAUCAUCAUUGGACUGUGCGUAGGGGCUCUCUUCCGAAACUAUCGAACGCUGGAGAUCGUCAGCAUGUGCAACUCGAUCAACAACCUGAAACAGAAGUCUGCUCUCGAGAUUAUCGGUCUGCAUCGGCUGGAGACGCCGGACAACUCGCAGCACAACCUAGUCUUCGUGGGCGUCAUGACGGCAAAAGAUUUCCUGCCAACCCGUGCCAAAGCCGUGUACGACACCUGGGGCAAAAAUAUUCCCGGCCGGAUUGCAUUUUUCAGCUCCGAAGAAUCGGUGGCUGACUAUCUUCCACUGGUUGCCCUGAAGGGAGUCGACGAUCGGUAUCCACCGCAGAAGAAAAGCUUCAUGAUGCUGCACUACAUGUACGAGCAUUACAUCGACAAAUUCGAAUGGUUCGCCCGAGCCGAUGACGACGUGUUUGUCCGGACGGAUAAACUGGAACAGUUCCUACGGUCCAUCGAUAGUUCGAAACCGCAGUUUAUCGGUCAAGCCGGUCGCGGUAACAGCGAGGAGUUCGGGCUGCUGUCGCUCGAGUUCGACGAGAACUUCUGCAUGGGCGGUCCCGGGGUCAUCAUGAGCCGAGAGACGCUACGGAGAGUUGCUCCUCACAUUCCAACCUGUCUCAAAAACCUCUACAGUACACACGAAGACGUGGAGGUUGGACGAUGUGUUCAAAAGUUUGCCGGUAUUCCUUGUACCUGGAAUUAUGAAAUGCAAUCCAUCCUGCACCACAACUCCAGCGGGAAUCGUGCCUUUUCCGGGAACCUCAAGAACAAGGAAGUCCACAGUGCCAUCACGCUGCAUCCGGUCAAGAGACCCGCCUUCAUGUAUCGACUGCACGCGUACACGUUAGGACUGAAAGCUCAGGAGCUGCGCCAGCAGUCCCUGCUGCUGCAUCGAGACAUUGCGCAGAUGACGGCGCUGCUGCAGAUUCCGAAAAUCAACAAAAAUCUCGCACCCGGCGUUCCAAUUUUUCCCUCGGCAGAAUCCAGCUCCGAGUACCUCGGAGAUCACAACGUAUUAGGUUUGCUGCCAGACCUCAACCGGCACAGGCCAUCACAUCUGGAUGAGAUUAUUGAAUGGGACUUCAUCGCCAAGAGCCUGUACUCGGGUAUGCAUCCGAAUCCCAAGCGGAAGAUUGAAUCGUCUCUCAAGGAAGGCUUGAACGACGUUGUUCGAGAGAUCAUGGAGCAUAUCAACAAUCUUUCAAGGCAACGAGGUCGAGUGAUCGAAUUCCGAGAACUACUCUACGGCUAUAUGCGAGUAAACAGCCUUUACGGGCAAGAUCUGAUCUUGGAUCUGCUGCUGGUGUACAAAAAAUAUCGAGGAAAAAAGAUGACCGUUCCGGUGCGAAGGCAUGUCUACAUUCAACGUUCCUUCACGGACAUUCGAGUGCGUGAGAUUUCCGGUGGCGUAAUUCCGGCCUACGCUGUUACUUUGGAUUACCGGUUAGCGGGCGGAAUAACGAGACCGUGGAACAACACCACAGGUUUAGAUCGCAUGCGCUCGAUACUGAACAGCGGUUGGGAAAAACUAUCGGACACCUUUGCCAUCAGCAACCCGUUGCUGUACGGAGCCCAGGAAUCGCAAAAGGAUCGCAUCGUAUUCGUGAUUCCGCUCGCUGGACGAUCGGAAACGUUUAUGCGCUUCCUGCGUAACUUCGAAGAAGUCGCCCUCAAGCAGGACCGCCGUACGGAUUUGCUAGUCUCGAUCUACGUAGACCCAACCGAAUCGCCGCUGAUUGUGGGCCUGCUGCAAAAGCUUCGCCUGCAGUACCCGGACAACAAAAUAAACUAUCAGCAAUUGUUCGGGAACUUCUCCCGGGGGAUUGCCCUCGAUCGUGCCAUCAAGAGCCCGUUCUGCAAGCAGGAUGAUAUCCUGUUCUUCGUGGAUGUCGAUAUGAUUUUCACGCAAAAAACUCUCGAUCGGAUACGGGCCAACGUAAUCCGCAAUCGACAAAUCUACUUGCCAAUCGUUUUCAGCGAGUACGAUCCAAAUCCGGAGGCACUGUGGAGUAGAACCACAACUCCGGUCACCACAGAGCACCCAUACCUGCACGGCGCAAAUCGAAACUUUUCUGCGCCUUAUCCAGUCACCAACACGGACGGCUACUUUCGUCAGUUUGGUUACGGUUUGGCUGGAAUUUACAAGUCGGACAUCCUUCGACCGGACCUCGGAGGUUUCAAUACCGACAUCAACGGGUGGGGUCUCGAGGACGUGAAGUUCCUCGAGAACAUCAUCGCUGCCAAUCUGAAGGGCAGCCAGCGCUUGCUGGAAGUAGCCGACGGUAAGGUGGAUCCGUUCAAGGAUCCGCAUCGUGCCCAGCAGCAGGAGCUGGUAGUGUUUCGCGCGCCAGACCCGUCGCUGGUGCACAUCUUUCAUCCCAUCAAUUGUGAUAGAAAUCUUGAGGAGGCACAGUACAAGAUGUGCCUCGGAACGAAAGCCAAUACUCUGGGUAGCUUCCGAACGCUCGAGCAGCGGUUUCUGCACGACCGGGAGCUGUUGCACUAUGGAAGGAAUCGGGGGACCCGCUAG